ACAUACUGCGGUUUUAGAUAGCUAGGUCUACAUUCGCAAAGAAAGUUAAUGAAGUGCACAAACGAGCAGGACUAUCUGAAUCGACAAAACAUCGCAUAGACGUUUGUUUGUUUACUAAUCAGUUAUCCGAAAAGCUUUUGUGGUUUAGUACUAGUAAUGUCUAGCGCUCUUUUAUCAGAGGUGGGCUGGGAUGAGGGUUUUGCUAUCCCAGUUGCGAAUGCAGAGAAUAAAGCCUUGGAAGAUGAGCUUCAGAGGAAACAAAAGGAAAAGAUGCUCAUCGACAAUAAGCUUUGUGAAUGCAAAGACAGGAUACAAGCCAUGGCAGAACAUCUGAACAAUGUUAGGCAAGAGUUAACUCAAACUCAGGCACUGUGCAAGGCAAGGGAGAGGGAGACGGAGUCAGAGAUGCAUUUCAAAGCACUGGCUGAACGAGAGAUGGGUCGUCUGCGGCAGGAGAUGUCACAGCUGGAAGAUGAGCUUGGAGCUCUGCGAGAGAAAAAGAACUCGCAGGAGAACAGCAUCUUCAAGGUUUCUCAGAAGCUGGAGGAGCUGAAGAGCCAGCUGAACUGGGACCAGCAGACCCUGGAUGCCUGGCUGGAGGAGUCAGCGCGUAAAGACGAGGACACUAUGGCCAUCAUCAAGUAUGCCCAGCAGGAUGAGAGCAGGAUACGGGAGCUUACUUUGGCCAUUGAGAAGAAGACUGUUGAGGCCAAUCAGAAACGCAAGGCUCUGGACAACGAACUGACUGAGACCAUGUCAGCACAGAUUGGACUGGAUAAGACAGCAGAGAACUUCCGCCAGGCCCACUUGGAGAGACAAGACCUCAUACGCCAGUGGGAGAACAGCAUUGAGCAGAUGAAGAAAAGGGACACAGAGAUGCAGCAGUGUGCAAUGCUACUAACCCAAGUCAAUCAAGAUAUCAGAGAGAGGAAUGGUGUGAUCCAAGAGAAGAAGACCUUUUUGGAGAGAGAAAUAGAGAACAACAGGGAGUAUGAGAAAAAGAUAACCAUGGCAGAGAGGCAGGCAGCCAAACUCAGACAGGAUUUCCAGGAGCAGGAGAGGAACCGCAUCAGACUAGUGGAUGAGCUGGACAGUCUCAGGGGCAUGGUGGAUCGGUCAGCCACGGAAGUAGAAUCGAUGAGGUCACAGCUGGCCAACGUGAAAAAAGAGAUUCAGGUCAAAGCGAAGAAAGUGAAGGCAGACAAACUCCAUAAUUUGGCCCUGGAGGAGAAGCUGAGGGCCGUAACAGAAACAGCCCUCACGGUGGAGGAGAGGGCCGCCCAGAUGGACCAGAUGGUGAAGGAGGAGGAGCAAGCCAUCAAAGAGGUGGACGCUGAGCUGCACCGCGAGCGGCAGGUGCUGUUCCGGAAGAGCCAGGAGCUGCAGGCCCUGAGGCUGCGGGAGAAGGAUGCUGUGGCCCAGCUGUCUGGGAGCAGGACCGUCCUCGCCUCCCUGGACACACGCCUCACCAGACUGGACCAGGACUCCCUCAAACAGCAGAAAAUCAUCUACAACCAGGACUUCCAGAUCAAGCUGCUGGAGAGGAAGAUGUCUCGUCUUAAAGGGGACGUGAACACGGAUGAGAAGCAGGCCCUGGAGCACAAGACCAGCCAGCUGGCCGAGACCCUGGAGGAGAAGAGGAGGACGGCCGGCCUGCUCACCACCCAGCUGAAGAAGCUCCAGGAUGACAUUCGCUGUGUGAAGAAAGAGACUGAGAAGACUGGAUCCGAGAAUCGAAACAUGACCACCAAGAUCGAAGAGCUCAACCUGUUUAAUGACACCACUGACAAGGAGCUGAAGAAGCUGAGGCUCAAGAAGCAGGACACCAUGGUGGAGGACAACAUCAUGAAGCUGGAGAUCAAGCGGCUGAGGGACCUUCUGUACAACAAGGCUGACGGCGUGCUGUCUCUGGAGAAGAGGAGGCUGCAGCUGCGCACAGCCAUGAAGGAGAGGGAGGAGGAGAUCAGGGUCCACAGGGAGAUGCUCUGCAAGCAGGUUAAGAUCACUGACCAGGAGCGUCAAGGGCUCAGCGCCGAGGUGCACGAGAGACUGUCCAAGGUUGACAAGAUGAGGACACGGUACGAGAUCAUGACCAUCACCAUGGCGACUCCCGAGGGGGAGGAGGAGAAGUCCCAGGCCUACUAUGUCAUCAAGGCCGCCCAGGAGAAGGAAGAGCUCCAGCGGGAAGGAGACGACCUGGACGCCAACAUCCGCAAGAUGGAGAAAGAGAUCCGAGCUCUGGAGAAUACGCUGCACGUCGUCAACAACCACAACAGCACUUUUCGCAAAUCCUUCAACAAAGUGACAGAGUCCAGUGAGGAGUACCAUGAGAAGCUGAGGCUGGAGGAACAGAAGAGGGCAGUUGAGGAGAAGUACAAGUUCAAAAGGCGCCAGAUCAGAGAGCUCCAGGAGGACGUCCAGAGCAUGAAAGACACUCUGGACCGCCUGCUGGAGGAAGAGGGCGAGGAGGACAACAGGACAGAGGACACUCAGUCACGGAUCGUCUCCAUCAACAGAGAACUUGUUUCCCAGCAGGAAAAACUGGACCGAGUUACAAAAACGUGUUCUAAACUGACCAAAGAGAUCCGGUCAGCCAGAAAAAGUAAGGAGGAGACAUUUGAGGAGAAGGACAUUGCACUGAGGGAGCUGAAGGACUUCAACAGGUCCAUCAACAAGAUGCUGCUGGAGAUCAUGGAGGAACAUCCUGACAUCAGAUCUGCUCUACAGCUGUACUUUGUUCAGGUUCACCUGCCCCUUCCCUCACCUGCCUCAACCCCAGUCAGUCGGCAUAGCUCCAAGACCAGCUCUGCUCGUAGCUCUGCUUCCCUCAGGUCUGCAGGGUCAUCAACAAGCAGCAGCCCCAGGGCAUCUGGGAUGCGGUCUCCCCCAACCAAGACCCUGGAGCUGGGCCUGGGACUGUCCGUGACGUCCCCCCCCUUGAUCACCUCUCCACGGCCCCUCAGUUCUGCCAGCAGCAGCACUAGCAGCAGCAGCAGCCGCAAGCACCGCAAGAGCCCUUAGGACAAGCCCUAUGACAUACACACACACACACACCAUAGGCCAGCAUCAACAAUACCCACAUGUCAUCAAUGUCGCUGCCACCGGGAUGUCACAGCCAGUAGAAAAGAGUGUGUGUGUCACUUUUGAACACAUUGGACAAAGGGCCCUUUCAGUUUAUUCAUUUUCACGCAUUGAUGCAUAAAACUCAAUCAUUUGCAGUUAAGUGAAAAUAAAUGUAUGCAAUUGAAAUUAUGUUCUCCAUUCUUUUCUUACAUUCUCCAACCAUUAUAUCUGAAUUGGUCCUAAUAAACCAAAAUCAUGACUGUUAUUUACAGGCCUUAAGACCUGUUCUCUGAACC